AUGUACAUAAAUGUUUCACCAAAUGUUACGCCAACUCUCUAAAUCUCACUUUUUUAAUCAGUGAGCUACACCCAUUGAGGAGUUCAUGUGUACUCUAGAUACAGUAGUCACAUGGUUUACACAUGUUUCAGCCCCUCCCAUCUACUGAUAAACAUAUAAACUCUGCAGGUCCCUGCAAGAGAACGCUUUCAGCAGAAGUAAGCAACAGAUUCACUCAAAAAAGUGCAAAUAUUGUUUCUGAAGAAGAGCUAUGGAUAUCUCCAGCACUUUACUUUUGCUGGGUUUUGUGAUAGCUCUGUUAAUAUUGCUCAGAUGGAGGAAUCAGCCACAUAAUCUUCCUCCAGGACCUACAGCUUUGCCUCUACUUGGAAACAUUCUUACCUUGGACAACCGUGCACCCUUUAAAACCUUUUUAAAGUGGAGUAAGACUUAUGGUCCUGUGAUGACGGUGUAUUUGGGAACCAAGAGAGUCCUUGUCCUGGUGGGCUAUGACACAGUGAAAGAAGCCCUUGUUGACAAUGCGGAUGAUUUUAUUGGCAGAGCCCCUGUUCCAUUCGGUCAGAAAAUUAUGAAAGGCUAUGGCAUUACGAUCAGUAAUGGAGUGCGCUGGCGUCAGCUCAGGAGGUUCACGCUCACUACACUGAGAGAUUUUGGGAUGGGACGCAAACGGAUGGAAGGGUGGAUACAGGAAGAGAGCAGACACUUGCUGGAUACCAUCAAGGAAAUAAAUUCUGCUCCAGUUGACCCCACGUUCUACCUGAGCAGAGCUGUGUCCAACAUCAUCUGUGCACUGGUGUUUGGUCAACGCUUCAGUUAUGAAGAUAGCCACUUCCUGCGUCUGCUCCAGGUCUUCACUGGAGUACUGCAGUUUGGCAGCAGCACAUGGGGACAGCUGUAUAAUAUCUUUCCAUGGCUGGUUGAGCUACUUCCUGGUAAGCAUCGCAAAGUUAUGAAUGAUGUGGAUGAAGUCAUGGACUUUUCUAGGGGCAAAGUACAAGAGCACAAGGACAGUUUGGACCCCGAUAACCCACGAGACUUCAUCGACUGCUUCCUGAUCCGACUCAAACAGGAAAAGGACAAUCCCAAUACAGAGUUUCACUAUGAAAAUUUGAUAGCCACUGUCUUAAACUUAUUCCUGGCUGGGACUGAGACCACAAGCACUACUAUCAGAUGUGCCCUCAUGUUACUGAUCAAGCACCCUGAAAUACAGACUUGCAUGCAGAAAGAGAUCGACACUGUGAUUGGACGAGAGAGAAGCCCUUCAUUGGAAGACAGGAAGUCCCUCCCAUUUACUGAUGCAGUAAUCCAUGAAGUGCAGCGUUAUAUUGAUCUCGUGCCGCUCAAUGUUCCUCAUUACACCACACAUCAGAUUACAUUCAGAGGCUACACAAUUCCAAAGGACACAGUAAUCUUGCCCUUGCUUCACUCUGUUCUGAGGGAUGAGGAACACUGGGAGAAGCCCUGGUCAUUUGACCCAAGACAUUUCUUGGACACAAAUGGCAACUUUAAAAAGAACCCUGCGUUCCUGCCUUUUUCUGCAGGUAAGAGGUCCUGUGUGGGCGAGUCUCUGGCGCGUAUGGAGCUAUUUAUUUUCCUGGUGUCUCUGCUGCAACAUUUCACCUUUACCACACCUGGAGGACCUGAGAGCGUUGACUGCACUCCUGAAAUCAGUGGCUUUGCCAACCUGCCUCACAAAUACCAACUCAUCGCUACCCCCCGCUGAACUAAGAUUACUGCAGGCAGACAGUUCAGUCUUAAUGCAAUUACUAGUGCAAAGAUUGUAGCCUAAACUCAUCUCGCAUAGAUUUUCAUGGAUUUAAAGAACCCAAGAUAAUAUUUGUUUAUAAACCAUACAAGCAUAUAUAGGAAUGAAUGUUAUGUUUUGAGUAAGGAAUAAUUGAUGAAGUUCCGUGGUAAUGCAUUACACCUAUUUUCUAAUAAUUCAACGGACCUGAGUCAAUUAUUCCGCUUAUAGCACAGUCACCACACCUCAAGACAUUGUUCAGCUGUUUAACUUUAAGACAUUUGUCAGAUUUUUGUCCUUAAAACGCUCUUGUGUUUGGAACUAAUUUAUGACUCAUACCAUCUUAAGCCUCCGUUGCUAAUUCCAAAACGUAAUUUUAGAGCUAGUGAAGGAGGCUUGAGCCAUUGAUAUGCAUUAGAGAGAGAGAGAGAGAGAGAGAGAGAGAGAGAGAGAGAGAGAGAGAGUGAGUGAGUGAAGGAUAUAAAGUGUAAUCAAUGUGUGUAACUACAAAGUUUACUAAUGUUUGGAUAUGUUAAUCAGGUAUAAUCUGGUAUGUAUACCCAACAGUUAAGAAUUACUUGUGGGAAGCAUUAUCUAAACUCAUAGUACAUUUGUUGAUCAAGUUAUAAUCUAAGUGUGUAUUGAGCUAGAAGAAUUCUUUGUCAGUCCGUACCUCUAUACACAGCAGGCCUAAUUUAAAACUAUAAAACACUUUCUAACAAGUGGUAUUCAAAGUGUGAACAUUAAGUGCUUUGUGUUUGUCUAAAGCAACUUCACUCUAUGGCAGUAAAUUAAGAACCUUGUGAUAGUCUAAAGCAGCUUCACUUUGUGGCAAUGAAAAAGCAAUUAGGCACAUACCAAAACUGGGUUUCCAAACAAAGCCCUCUAAGCUUGCAAAUCAGUGUCAAAAGAAAAGAUAAGAAUUCCAGGAGGAAAGGUACCAAGAUGAGACAAUAGGGUGAAUUAUGUGACAAAGAAAAAAAAAACCUGGUCUGGUAAAACUUUUAAAGAAAAUACAACUGACUACGCAUGCGCCACAAAUAUAAAGUAUCUUAUGGACAUGAAUAAUUAGUUAAGGCAAUGGAGAUUGGUUUGUAGAACAAAAAGGUGAAUGCCCCGCCUAGGGAUAAUUUUACUGCUUCAGAGAGGUAGACAUGUUUGUGUAUGUAUAAUUUGGACCCUCUUCAGACUGUCUCACUUUAUUGUUUCAAUAAAUUUCAUUUACUUUUUGAUCUACAAACCCUCUGUCUCUGAAGUUUUUUGACUUAGGCUGGAAAGAUUGAUUUCCACUACAUGAGUGAGUGAAUGAGUUCAGAUUUCAUACUGAUAAUAUAAAAAUAGAACAAAUAAAUAAAUAAAUAUAAAUAGGCUGACUAGUUCACAGGGUUUCUCGUUUUUAUCACUGCAGAAAAUGCAACAAAUAAAGAAAUAAAUAUUGAUGCUUGUUCAUCAUUCCAAUAACUGCAUAUCAGUGGCUCAAGCCUCCAUUUCACCUCAUGGCUGCAUUACCACCUCGAUGUGCAUUAUUUUUCUAAUAAUUCAGGGCCCGUGGUCAAUUAUAACUUACUUAUUUCUGGAAACUCAAAAAUCUGUCAGUUCAGUUAACUUGGCGAAGUGAUAUGGAAUAUGGAUAUGUGGUCAAGACCUGAGUGGAACUACUUUAGUUGUGCAUUUAAAAAUAAUUGCACACCUCAGAACAUCUGUCAGCCAGUCAGAAUCGAUUUCACUACAGCCUCUGUUUACACAGCUGACGAAGGACUUUUGUCUGAAAUAUUUCACUGGAAGCUUUGUGCACUAUAUUGAACUUUUACCAUCUCUACAUAUACAGUAUAUUCAUACUGAUUGUAUGCUUGUUUUAGCACAUAUUAUUUUUAGAUGUUACUUAUAGAUGUAAAUUACCCAUUGGAGCUGUUUUUUUUUUUGUGUGUGUGACCUGGAUUCUUCUGAACAUGCCAAUAUUGUGUAUGACCUAGACUGUGUUUCUUACCACAGUUAUUGGAUUUGAUCUCUCUCUCUCUCUCUCUCUCUCUCUCUCUCCUAAUAAACAUCAUUCAAAUGGGUCUUAUGCUCAUGGGUCUCCUUUGUGACUGUUUUCUCUUCACUUUUCUCUUCUUUUUCAAAUUACAAACAAUAACAACUGAAUGAGUGAAUUAAGCACCAAACCAAACUCCUUUGUUCAGAGGGUAAAAUAGUAUUAUUUCCUGUUUUUUUGCUUGUUUGUUUGUUUUUUACUAAUUCAUUUUAAGUCUUACUGUCCCAAAAUGUAAGCACUACACACCAAUGACUACUUACGUUAAAGAAAGGAUAGAUGUGUACCAGAAUAGAUCAUAGUUCAAAUAAUCUUUUAAUUUAAACAGACUAACUAAAUAAACUAUGAUAUAACUGCUGGUUCUACCGAUCAGCUGUAUUUUAUUGUUACCUUGUUGGAACAUGAGUUUUUAAUGAUAAUUCGGUUGGUGAUUUACGUAGGGCGUUCCUGCAAGCUACAAGCCCCGAGGUGAUAUGUCUGUUAAAUUUUUGAGUGUUCCACAGAUAGAAAGAACUUCAAUAGAAGAACAGAACUUCUUUCAUUGAAAGAUGACAUGCAGCUUUUGUAGAAAGCGUCACUAUUUUCUUUAUACAAAAGAUUUUUUUGCGUAAUAGUUGGACUGUACUGUAGACACCAGCGUUUACACCACUAGGAUGCCUGAAAAAACCUACAGUAAUGCCUUGAAUGUCUGAAAACCUGUUCUGAAACCAGAUAUACUUUCGCAUGUUAUUAAGAGCAGGCUUAAAUGAGCUCCAUUAGGAAUGUUGAACUCACCGACCAGCCCAAUAACAAAUGUUCAGCCAUAUUCAUACCCUUGACACCCAUUGAGAUCCCAAAUUAGUUACUGCUCUAAUAAGAAGGUAGUAUAACAACCACAGUCUUCUAAUUAUUUUA